AAUUAUCAUUCGUCUACCGGAGGGUUAGUUAUCAUUUUUUUCUAUCGAAGAGUUAGUUAUCAUUUUGUCUACCAAAGAGUUAAUUACCAUCUGUUAACUGAAGAGGUUACAUCCGUCAGUCUGCCAUUUUUAGGAUUUAAAGUGAUAAUGGAGAACAGUGCUGACAUACUAAUGCCGGGUCAACGGAUUCGUCCACCAAGCAACAAUCAAAUAGCAGUGCGGCUCUUGGAAGAACUUUACGGUUUGAAAACAUCGAGUAUAAUCGAAUUAAAUGGGUAUGAUGACAGAAACUAUCAUGUGAUUUGUGAAGAAUCGUAUACGAAUUCUCAUAUUACGACUAUCAGUCAUCAUGGCUAUAUUUUGAAAAUUAUCAACUCUUUGGAUUCACAGAAAACACAUGUGAUUGACGCACAAACUGAAAUGUUGAUAUUUCUAAACCAUCAAGGUAUUAACUGCCCUUUGCCGGUAAAAAAUAUAAAUGGACUAUAUUAUGCUCUGGUCACGUUGAAUGUCGAUGAAUGCACUGACAAGUAUGCCGUGAGGCUGUUGGUUUAUCAGCCUGGCGAACUGUUGUACCGUAUUCCAAUUACUGAAGAAUUGUUCCGAAACGUAGGCAAUUUCACGGCUAAACUUACUAAUGCUCUGAUAAACUUCGUCCAUCCAGCUUUCGUCGGCCACAAGACUUUGUGGAUGUUGAAUUCUGUGCCAAAGUUACGUCAAUUUACUUAUGCUCUGAAGAAUGUAUUUGAAAGGGAGUUGGCGCAUCAGGUGAUACGAGUCUUCGAGAAGGAUGUGCUUCUGGUCACAUCGAAGCUCCAGCAGGGUAUAAUUCAUGGCGACUUGAACGAACAAAAUUUCGUAAUGGAUUGCAAUGGCAGAGAAAUAGCUGCCGUGAUCGAUUUUGGUGAUGCGCACUGGACAUGUCUCAUUUUCGAGUUAGCUAUCGCACUGUGUUACAUGAUUUUGCAAGCUGGCGACGUGGCGAUGGGUAAACACGUCAUCGAAGGUUACCAGGAAUUUAGGAAGCUGACAGAUAUCGAGAAGAAGAUUUUGAAAGUUACUGUUUGCGCGAGAAUUUGUCAGAGUUUGGUUAUGGGCGCUUACAGUCAUCUUCACGAUCCGCAAAACGAAUAUCUGCUUACUACGCAGAAAUCGGGAUGGGCUUUGUUGAAGAAACUUUGGCCUCUUCCAGAGGACGAAGUUCUUCGAAACUGGGGCCUGAUGAACUGAAUUCUAUUGUUUAAUCUACUGUGACUGUCAAUUUGUUGGCCAUAAUUACUGUGUUCUUUUAAAUCUAUUGUCAAUUAUAGAAUAAGCAAUAAACAUAACUUUAUAUCACAAUAAAAUAUUGAAUUCAUUAAGAAAUGAAGUAAGAUAUUGUGCAGUGAUAUAUCCUCUGGUUUUAUUCGUAUUUAGGCAGUUACAUAUUUACAUAGAUAUAAUGAAUAAUAAUGCUCUUCGUAUAAUAGCGUGGAAUCACUUUACAUAACUAGAUCGUGGUAUAUACAAAAAUUCAGGUAUUAGAAAUCAAUUUAUGCGAAAUCGAGUGUUAUUGGUAGAUAAUAUUAAAGAAACGCAUACUUCUCGUGAUUAAUUGGAUCGAAUAGCAAUUACCGUGGACUUAAAUCCUAACUGAAUAUCCAUCGAAAUAUAUCGGCAAUGUACAGAAUUUAUUUAUAAAUAUACUGCAGGACAAUA